AAAUUUGAUGUUCAAGUCAAUAAUGUGGUUCAAGUAUGCUUUUUUCACUUAAAGAAUCUUCGUCUUUUUGAUGAGGAAUCAUUUUGAGAAACUUAUUCAUGCAUUUAAUGCAUUUUGUUUAGACUACUGCAAUAGUCUUUACUUGGGUGUUGAUCAUGGAUGUAUUGCUAGGCUGCGGCUUGUUCAAAAUGCUGCAGCCCGUCUUUAGACUGGCACUGGUAGAUUUGAUCAUAUCACUCCAGUUGCUUCCGUUCUGCAUUGGAUCCCAGUUCAGUUCUGUGUUGAAUUUAAGAUUUUGGUUCUGGCCUACAAAUGUUUAAAUGGCCUUACUCCUAGCUCUUUAUCUGGAAUUCUAGUGUCAUAUGUCCCAUCUUGUGGAUUAAGGUCAGCUGACCUAGUGAGCAGAACUAACUGUCAUCACAAGCUGUUGAUCUAGCAGCAUGAUGCUCAUUAUUAUUUUAUGGGUUACAGACGAUGCUCUGUGCUUUUAUUUCUGCAGCGAGCCUUACAAUCUCACCUCUUUCAGCGACGGACGGCUGGUUUGACUGGAUCUGAGAGGCGUAAAUCAGAAUUUGCAGAUAGCGUUUUUUCCUUCUACCAAUCGCAUAGUGAUGUCUGGACUUAAACGCAACUCAUUAGAUUCAUAGUUAUUUGUUAAAGUAUUGCAUUACCAUAAAUAGUAAUGUGUUUACCAACACUGGUUAUGUAUUUUACUGAUUGCAAAAACACCCCUAGGUCUUUUGUCUUGUCAUUUUACUGAAUAUUUUUCUUUUACAUAUUUCUGCUUGGUUCACUGCAGUUUCAAGGAAGAGAGAAGAGACGGAUGAGAAACCUCUGCUCUUAGGUUUCCACAACCAUCAAAUGAAAGAUGGAGGUGUCCCAACCAGCAGCUUGGCUGGGCAGAUGACAGCAAAAGUUGGUGGAGGAGUAGAAGCUAGCAAGAACCUAGAUCUGGACCCUAAAGAAAAGACAUCCAAUUCUUCAGAGAUUGAAGUUAGUGGAGAAGAUGAAGAUGAUGUGAAUCUAGACUCUGAGCUUUCAGACUCUGGGCCUGAAACUGGAAACGGAGACCAUGGCUGUAAUGAGAACAAGUGUUCAGAGUCGAACAUUAAGACCGUCAACAAAUCAUUUAGCUGCCCUGUGUGUGGUAUACGGUUCCUCCACCAGUGGUCUCUUCAGGAACAUGUGAGAGUGACAAGUCAUUCAGCAGUGAAGUCUUCAGAGUGUUCGGUUAUUACAAAAUGUGUGAAAGAGAAGCAACAUGGAGUCUCAUGUAGAAAAGUCGAGAAAGAACCAAAAUCAUUUAGUUGUGAUGACUGUGGGAAAAGAUUUCGCCAAACGUCCAGUUUAACCCGUCAUAUGAAAGGCCAUACCGGGCAGAAGCCUUUUGCCUGUGAGCUCUGUGGACAAAGAUUUAGCCGUAAACAUAAUUUAAACACACACAUGAGAGUCCACAGAGGAGAGAAGCCUUUUGCCUGUGAGCUCUGUGGAUACAGAUGUACCCAUAAGGCUAGUUUAAAUACACACAUGAGAGUCCACACAGGAGAGAAGCCUUUUGCCUGUGAGCUUUGUGGAUACAGAUGUACCCAAAAGGCAAGUUUAAACACACACAUGAAAGUCCACACAGGAGAGAAGCCUUUUGCCUGUGAGCUCUGUUGGCAAAGAUUUAGCCAUAAACAUGGUUUAAACAGACACAUGAGAGUCCACACAGGAGAGAAACCUUUUGCCUGUGAGCUCUGUGGGAAAAGAUUUAGCCAUGAAAAUAGUUUAAACGAUCACAUGAAAGUCCACACAGGAGAGAAGCCUUUUGCCUGUGAGCUCUGUGGAUACAGAUGUACCCAAAAGGUCAGUUUAAACCAUCACAUGAGAGUCCACACAGGAGAGAAGCCUUUUGCCUGUGAGCUCUGUGGAUACAGAUGUACCCAUAAGGCAAAUUUAAACACACACAUGAGAGUCCACACAGGAGAGAAGCCUUUUGCCUGUGAGCUCUGUGGAUACAGAUGUACCCAAAAGUCACAUUUAAACACACACAUGAGAGUCCACACAGGAAAGAAGCCUUUGCCUGUGAGCUGUGUGGACAAAGAUUUAGCUGAAAGUCACAUUUAAAGAGACAUAACAGUACUUCCAAAUGUACUAUUCAGUUUUUUUUACAACCUUAAUGUUAGUCUUGUACCUCUGCUCAACUACCGUUGACCAAGUCCUUACUCGGCCCUUGAGCCACCUCUUUUUUUGAUUUUGAUUUUCAAAUCUCCUUUGUUUUUUAAACUCAGUCCUUAACCAAACAUUGAGAUGUUCAUUCAUGAAUUCUGAAUACAAAAAAAUAUUACUUAAAGAUUUAGAAAAAACUGUUAUACCCUCCUGUAAUUAAGAAACAGACUAGAUAACAGGCACAUGAUGGUUGUAGUACAUAACCCACUGCAUUUUAAAGCUGUUAGAUACCGGUGGCGUCUGCUUUAAACAAUUUAUCUGUAUAUAAAAUAAUAGCAUACAAUGUAAUAACUGCAGCUUAAAAAGAAUGUGUCUUUAUUCAUUUGGAGCCCUUAAGAAGAAAUCCCACCUUAAAGGCUGUGGAGAGACAGCUGGGACUGUUGUCAAGAAGUCAUAAAUUACAAGGCGGCUCUGUGGAGACUCCAUUCUCCUACAAUAGCAUUUUGCUAUUCUAAGCAGGCUUAGGAAUGUGCCUGUACCAGAGUUUUUAGAGAUGCUGUUGCAGAGUUAUAAGCAGUGGAUAGAUGCCGGAAAGACAGAACCACUUUUGGGCUGCAUGGUUCUCCACCGGUGUACCGAUGUUUGUAUUAAAAUGGGUUAGAUUGUAAUAAACCGGUUAUCUUUUUUAACUCAAACUUUGUCAUGAUUGAGUCAUAGCACUCCAAGAAACAGCUCAGCAUGAAAAUUAACCACAUUCCCUUUAUUUCUGAUGACACAACUAAUCACUGCUGGUGGACAAUUAAUCACAGACACUUAGCAUCUCUGCAUGCGUUCUGUAUUCAGUGUGAACGAGGCUUCACGCCCUCUCUCAGUAGUGGAGAGCGCGUGGGAGUUCGCCCAACCAAUCUACUUGUGUUUUGUGGAUUUGGAGAAGGCGUUCGACUGCUUCCCUUGGAGGGCCCUUCAGGGGGGACUCCAGGAGUAUGGGAUACCAGGUCCUCUGACACAGGAUGUUAGGUCCCUGUGUGUCCAGUGUC